AUGAGAACAGAUGUAGAGGAGGGACCGUUCAAAGGGCAGUUGAACAGUUCCAGAACAAAGUGGAUCUUUUAUGCACCAAACUCCUCCCAUAUGGGUGGAGUGUGGGAACGCAUGAUUGACAUAGCAAGAAGGAUCCUGGACGCUUUGUUCCUAAAACAAGGGAAUAUUAUCACCCAUGAAGUCCUGGUCACACUGAUGGCUGAAGUCUGUGCUAUAAUUAACUCUAAACCAAUUUCAGCCAUAUCGCAGGACUCAGACGCACCCAAGAUUCUGAGUGCUUCUUUGCUCCUUACACAAAGGAUUGCAGAUAUCAAGGACAUAUACAUAGCACAGUGGCGUCAUGUUCAGAUCUUAAGAAACACUUUCUGGGAACAGUGGAGAGAAGAGUUCCUUCAGAAUCACCAAACCCGUCAAAAGUGGACAGAGGAACGACCAAACAUUAAGAUAGGUGAUGUGGUCUUACUUAAAGACUCGGGUUUAGCCAGAUUCCAGUGGCCGGUUGGCAUCGUUGAAAGUGUUUUCCCCAGUGAUCCGGACGACCUUGUUCGCAAGGUGCGGAUUUGCAUAAUUAGAGAUGGAAAACCAGUGGUACUCACCCGUCUAAUAACCGAAAUGGUGCUCUUGAUAAACUAG